AAUUUGGAUGAGCAUUAAAUAUUUAUCCAUUAGCAUAUCAUCCAAGUCAAUUAAUAAAUAGAAUCCAAGAUGUCUGCCAUUCUUUUUGAUGACAUGUUCAAUGUCGAGUCCGUGGACGCUGGUAAAUACAACAAGGUUGCCCGUAUAAAGGGACAAUCGUCUACUUCUAGAGACAUCAAGAUUGCAUUGGAUAUCAACAGUGAACUUUUCCCAGUUCGUGAAAAUGACUCCUUGACCAUUACAUUGGCCUCUUCUUUGGGUAAUGAAGCCUCCACCAUCACUUCCAACGGCUCUUGGAGACCUCCUAAGGGUGACGAAAGAUCGUUGGCUGAUGAUUACGACUAUGUUAUGUACGGAACUGUUUACAAGUUUGAAGAAAACUCUUCUUCUGACAACAUGUCUGUCUACAUUUCUUUCGGUGGUUUAUUGAUGUGUUUGGAAGGUGGUUACCGUUCUUUGUCCAACUUGAAGCAAGAAAACGCUUACAUUUUGAUUCGUCAUUACAAUGAUUAGAGAAUGGAAAUUAAAUAAUCAAGAAUCAGGGGAAGUUAAGGAGGGUUUAUCCCUUGAACUUAAUAAUUAGAAUGAGAGAGAAUUAAUCGGUGCUUCAGCAGGUUUAGUCAUCAUGUACAAUAUAUAAAAUAGUAAAAGAUAGAAGAUU